AUGGCCGAGCCACCAACUAAAGUUAAGAUAUUAGAAACUCCGGAAGAUAUCCGCGAGCGUAGAGAGCAAGUUCUCUCUCGUUACUCCGCAUUCAAAGAAGCGACACAAUAUCGUCGCCACAGGUUGGAAGAAGCCAAAAGAGGGAUGCCGAUGAACUUGAGUGUUGGAUCAAUGAAAAACUGCAAACAUAUGCAAAUGAGGAUUUUAAAGAACUCAGUAAUCUUCAGGCGAAAAAACAGAAACAUCAAGCGUUUGAGCUCGAAAGACGUAGAAGAUGAAGAAGACUGGAUCCGGGAAAAAGAAUCAGUCGCAGGUUCGACUAAUGUGGGUCGCGAUUUGAUUGGUGUUCAGAACUUGAUCAAGAAGCAUCAAGCUAUAUAUGCGGAAAUAAACGGUCACUCACCGCGCAUUGAAGAGGUCGUUCAGGAAGGUCAAGACAUGAUUCGCGCCAACCACUAUGCUUCUGGCGACAUUGAGAGACGUAUAGCUGACCUUACUUCAGAAUGGUCUCAGCUUUGUGAAAAGGCAGAUCAUCGACGACGGUUGUUGGAAGACUCGUUACAGGCCCAACAGUAUUUUGCAGACGCUAGUGAAGCAGAGAGUUGGAUGCGGGAAAAAGAGCCACUAGUUGGUUCAUCCGAAUUUGGUCGGGAUGAAGAUUCCACGGAAGCGCUCCUAAAGAAACAUAAUGCCUUGCUUGCAGACAUUGAAGCCUACGGUUCGACUAUUGAAGCUCUUGGUGUCCAAGCCAGUAACUGUCGCAUGCAAGAAGCUCCAGCAAGUGAUCUGCUCGGCAAAGAUGUUGUUAUGGCCCUCUAUGACUAUCAGGAGAAAUCUCCUAGAGAAGUCUCUAUGCGCAAAGGAGAAAUAUUAACUCUUUUAGCCAGCAAUCAUAAGGAUUGGUGGAAAGUAGAAGUAAAUGAUCGCCAAGGGUUCGUUCCUGCUGCGUACGUCAAAAAAGUUGAAGCUCCGCUAUCUGAUGCUCAAUCUGGUUUGAUGACUAAACCACUUACUGUAGCUUCACAACAGCAACGUCUCGAAGAACAGUAUAAUUAUUUACUUCAGUUGGGUCGUGAUCGCCGAGAGAGACUCCAAGACUCAGUGGAAGCUUAUCAGCUGGUUAGAGAAGCAAAUGAUUUGCACCAAUGGGUUGUUGAAAAAGAACUAGUUGCUGUAACAGAGACUAUAGUUCCUGGGCGAUUAGAAGAAGUAGAGUCAGAGAAGAAAAAAGUUGAUGAGUUUGUCAUGGAACAGAAAGAACGAGAAGCCAAAGUUACCGAACUAUGCGCUAAAGCCGAUAAACUAAAGCGAGGUGGUCAGACUGAAGCGGUAGAGAAGAUCGAAGGUAUUAUCAUGCAACUUCAAAAGAAAUAUGAACAGUUAGAAGAAGUUACUGCUAAAAAAGCUAAGGAACUAGAAGAUAUUGAUGCCGUUCAACGGUAUCAUAGAGAAUGUGAAGAAGCCAAAGAGUGGAUAGAAGAAAAAGAAAGUAGACUACUGACAGAUGAUGUAGGGAGUGACUUCACAUCUGUUCAACGUCUAAUACGUAAACAUGAUGCAUUAGAAAGAGAUUUAGUAGCGUUAGGCGAAAGAGUCAAACAGUUAGAUUCAAAGGCUGCUGACCUAGUGCAAAUUCAUCCUCAGGAUGCGGAGGGAAUAUGUAAACAUCAAGAAGAAAUCAACCAUUUGUGGGAUGGUUUGGCUGCAACUGCUGAAAAAAGAAAAGCCAAACUUUUGGAUUCUCUAGAUCUCCAAAAGUUCUUAGCUGAUGCAAGGGAUCUUCAGUCGUGGAUUACUACGAUGUAUGGUUUGGUCUCAUCGAAGCAAGUGGGAACGUACGUUACAAGUGCAGAGUCCUUGCUGGAUACUCAUCGAGAAUACCGUACUGAAAUCGAUACUCGAGCUCCGGCAUUCCAAAACUUCGAGUCUUUUGGUAAGGAAUUAUUGGACAAUGGGCAUUAUGCUUCGGAUGUUGUACAACAAAAGCUCCAGGAAAUUGCAGAGGCAAGAGAAAAUUUGAAUGUCGCUUGGUUAAACCGACACAAGCUACUAGAGCAAAAUUUGGAGGAACAAUUAUUCUUCCGCGAUUGUGAACAAGCUGAGGAUUGGAUGGCGAUUCGUGAAGCAUCUUUGGCUGGUGAUGAUGUUGAUGGCAACAAGGUUGAUGCACUGAUAAAGAAACAUGAGGACUUUAAUCGUGCUAUCACUCUACAGGAAGUCAAGAUUCAGAACCUAAUAGCGAAUGCUGAUAAACUUCUAGAAGCGGAUCAUUAUGAUGCAGAUCAAAUCAAGGCUAAACGUGAAGAGGUUUUAAAUCGCUGGACUCAUUUAAAGGAUGCUAUGAUUGACAAUCGAAGCAAAUUGGGCGACGCUCAAACACUUCAAGCUUUCAUUCGAGAUGCAGACGAAAUGGAAUUAUGGAUAAAUGAAAAAAUGCAAUUUACAAUGGAUGAGCCAUACAAAGAUCCAACUACAAAUAUUCAGGCUAAACAUCAAAAACAUCAAGCUUUUGAAGCAGAACUGGCGGCAAACGCAGAACGCUUACAGGGGAUUUUGGCAGCUGGGCAGCGCUUAAAGCAGAAAAAUCAAUGCAAAGGACAGGAAAGUGCCGUGGAAGAACGUAUUGCCAAACUGGCUAACCAAUGGGAUAAUCUUGUUAAUCGUUCUCAUGAAAAAUCUGAAAAGUUACAAGAAGCUAAUCGCCAAGCUGCAUAUAAUGCUGGCAUCAAAGAUAUUGAAUUCUGGUUAGGUGAAAUGGAAACUUCACUGGUUAGUCCAGAUUAUGGUAGAGAUUCGGCAUCAGUUGAUAGUCUUCUAUCAAAACAUCAGGUACUAAUCACAGAUAUUCAAGCACAUGAAGAUCGUAUUAAGGAACUAGAUGCCCGUGCAGAUGAGUUCAUUAAAUCUGGUGCUUGGGAUGCUGAUAUGGUUCGUGAACGCAAAAAAAUGAUCAAUGAACGAUAUGAAAAAAUUCGUGCUCUGUCAGAGAAUCGUGCUGUAACUCUUGGUAAAGCGAAACGCCUGCAUGAUUUCUAUCGUAAUAUUGAUGAUGAAGAAGCUUGGAUCCGUGAGAAGAAAAUUUUGGUUAGUUCUGAAGAUUAUGGACGUGAUCUUAUCGGUGUGCGCAAUCUACGCAAAAAGCAUGAACGUAUUGAAAAUGAAGUGGCUGCACACGAUCCAUUUAUUAAACAAGUUAUCGCACAAGGAGAAGAACUUACUGUCGGUGUUCAGCUCGCUGAUCCCGAAGAAGUUAGAAAACGAAUGCAGCGUCUUCAAUCUGCAUGGGAAGAGUUACAAGGUCUUAGUGCACUUCGUCGACAAAAAUUAGAAGAAUCUUUAGCAUAUCAAGAUUUCAUUGACGGUGUUGAAGAAGAAGAAGCAUGGAUUCUUGAGAAACAACAUUUACUUGGCAGUGAAGAUUACGGUGACACUCUUGCAGCUGUUCAAGGUCUUUUAAAGAAACACGAUGCUUUCGAAUCAGAUCUUAAUGUGCAUAAUGAAAAGUGCAAAGAACUAUGUUCAACUGGAUCUGAACUUGUACAAUCUGAUAAUCAUAAUCGUUUAGCAAUCCAACAACGAUGCGAAGGAUUGAUGGAAAAAUUAAAUAUGCUCAAUCAGGCUGCUCAACGUCGCAAAACAAAUCUCACUGAUAAUUCAGCAUUUUUACAGUUUAUGUGGAGAACAGAUGUUGUUGAGUCGUGGAUCGCUGACCGAGAAACACAAGUGCGUAGCGAUGACUACGGCCGAGAUUUGAGUAGUGUUCAAAUCUUGUUGGCAAAACAUGCGACUUUUGACACCGCAUUGGAAUCUUUUCAUACUGAAGGAAUUCAGACAAUCACUGAUCUCUAUAAUCGUCUUAUUGCAGCGGAACACAAUCAAAGUCCAGCAAUAAAACAACGUUUCACUUCACUGAUGGAUCGUUGGGAACGUCUUCGACGUGAGUCUGCCCGUCGCAAAGCCGAUCUUGUACAACUUCAAGAGCAAUAUCGUAAAGUUGAAGAACUCUAUCUAGCUUUUGCUAAACGCGCAUCAACCUUUAAUUCUUGGUUUGAAAAUGCCGAAGAGGAUUUAACUGAUCCUGUGCGUUGUAAUUCAUUAGAUGAAGUGCAUGCCCUGUGUGAAGCUCAAGAACAAUUCAAAGCAUCUUUAAAAGCUGCUGAAGCUGAUUUUCAACAACUUGCCCAAUUGGAUCGGGAAAUCAAGAGUUAUGGUGUUGGCAUGAAUCCAUACACAUGGUUUACAAUGGAGUCACUUGUGGAGACUUGGCGUAACCUACAGAAAAUCAUUCUAGAGAGAGACGCGGAACUUCGACGUGAAACUGUUCGUCAAGAACAGAACGAUCAACUACGACAACAGUUUGCGGUCGCUGCGAAUUCAUUCCAUCAAUGGCUUCAGAAAGUGCGUACUUCAAUGAUGGAAGGCAGUGGAAGCCUUGAAGAACAACUUGAAGGUAUUCGUGAGAAAUCGGCUGAGGUUAGAGCACGAAAGAAUGAUCUGCGAGAGGUUGAAAAACUUGGAACUUUGCUUGAAGAACAUCUCAUUCUGGAUAAUCGGUAUACUGAACACAGCACUGUUGGUUUAAGUCAAGCAUGGGAUCAGUUAGAUCAGCUUGCCAUGCGUAUGCAACAUAAUUUAGAACAACAAAUUCAAGCUAGAAAUGUGAGUGGUGUCAGUGAAGAAGCCCUUCGUGAAUUCUCCAUGAUGUUUAAACACUUUGACAAGGAUAAGUCUGGCCGUUUAGAUCACCGUGAAUUUAAAUCAUGUCUGCGUGCUCUUGGUCAUGAUUUACACGAAGUCGGAGAAGGUCAAGUGGAUGCUGAAUUCGAAGCUAUAUUAAAUGUUGUUGAUCCUAAUCGUGAUGGUUAUAUAACACUUCAAGAAUUUAUGGCAUUUAUGAUUAGCAAAGAAACUGAGAAUGUUCAAUCCCGUGAUGAAGUUGAAGAAGCCUUCCGCGCUUUAACAAAGGAAGGCAAAGAAUACAUUACAAAAGAAGAACUGUAUGCGAAUCUAUCCAAAGAACAAGCGGAGUAUUGUAGUCGAGUUAUGCCCCCAUAUUACACUAAAAGUGGUCAGCCAAUUUUGGAUGCAUACGAUUAUCAAGCCUUCACAAAACAACUAUUUGUCAGUUAGUUGUUUUUUUGUUCUUUCGAUGAUGCUAUCCGUGCAAUUUUUUUUCGUCCGAUAACCAACUUAACUUCAUCUUUGAUAGUGGUUUUAAUUUCGCAUUUUGAGCUCACACUUUCGUUCAAUUUUUUCGCCUCAUUCAUUCGCUGCUAUUCCUCUCUUCUUUGACACUGUUGGUGGUCAUUAAACUUCUCUUGUUGUUUAUUUCACAGUGGCCUAGAAGUGAUAAUAUUUCCAGCGCUCUUUAAUUUUGUGAUUAUAAGUAUAAUAUUUAUAAUUGCAGUUAAAAUCUUGUGAUCAUGCCGAAUAGCUAACUAACUUAUUAUUUACUAUUUGUUGUGAUUGGUUCCUAUUUGCACUUACGCUUUUAUUAUUCUCUCUCACCAAUUCUCACAAUAAAUAGCUAGACAUUAAAUUACUUGCUGCUGUGUGUUUUGAUUUGUUUUGUGUGUUAAGCUACCUUGUGAACCGGUUGGUUAUUUGGGAAGAUGAGUGUAUCCACUUUGCAGCUGCUGGAU